UGCUGGAAAUUACAUCCUUUCAACUGCUUAAACAUGUAAUGAAACGUUUCUGACGGCACCUUGAUGUGCAGUGGGAAUGAGGAAUGCUUAGUGGGCGAUGGGGAGAUGGUGAGAGAGCAUGUUUGCAGACCACUGGGCAGUAGCUCGUUUUAUAAGAGGACCCCAUGGGAGGCCGCCAGCUGUGGUCAAAAGAGCAGGGCUCCGUUCCAGUCUCCAUCUCUUAACAGUAUUUGAGACCUUGCACGAGAAACUCUCAGUCCAGCUCAAUUGUAAAACUGGGCCACUACCACCUGACUCGGUUGUCGCAAGGCAUAAAGAGAAUAUAUGCAAAGCCUCUGGUACACCGUAAGCAAGAACGGGGAGCGGAAUGCUUGUCGAGUGUAAGCAGAGGAGUCCCGACCUAAGGUGACGGAGGUGACGCGGCCAGGUCUCCAAACGCCGCGGCCGGCCCCCACCCCUCUUCCGGGUGGACUGUGUGGACCCGUCCUCUCGCCACUCUGGCCCCGCGCCCCGCCCGCCUUCGCUAGCGCGGCUCCGCCCCGGCCGCCAGCGGGCGCAGAAGCGUCUGGAACCUGGACCCACCCGGGAUACUACUCUGGCCCCGCGGAGCAGGCGGAGCAGGUAACUCCAUGCAUUGGAGACCAUGGAUAAAUAUGAUGUGAUUAAGGCCAUUGGGGAAGGUGCCUUUGGGAAAGCAUACCUGGCCAAAGGGAAAUCAGAUAGCAAGCACUGUGUUAUAAAAGAGAUCAAUUUUGAAAAGAUGCCCAUCCAAGAAAAAGAAGCUUCAAAGAAAGAAGUCAUUCUUCUGGCGAAGAUGAAACAUCCCAACAUUGUAACCUUCUUCAGUUCAUUUCAAGAGAACAACAGGCUGUUUAUUGUGAUGGAGUACUGUGAUGGAGGGGAUCUCAUGAAAAGGAUCAAAAAACAACGGGGAGUGUUACUUAGUGAAGAUCAGAUUCUGAGUUGGUUUGUACAGAUUUCUCUAGGACUGAAACAUAUUCAUGACAGGAAGAUCUUACACAGGGACAUAAAAACACAGAACAUUUUCCUUAGCAAGAAUGGAAUGGUUGCAAAGCUUGGGGACUUUGGUAUUGCAAGAGUCCUGAACAAUACCAUGGAACUUGCUAGAACUUGUGUUGGAACGCCUUACUACUUGUCCCCAGAGAUCUGUCAGAAUAAACCCUACAACAAUAAAACGGAUAUUUGGUCUCUUGGCUGCGUCUUAUAUGAGCUCUGCACACUCAGACAUCCUUUUGAGGGUAACAACUUACACCAGCUGGUUCUGAAGAUUUGUCAAGCUCGUGUUCCCCCAAUAUCUCCAAGGUUUUCCCAUGACCUACAGUCCUUAAUAUCCCAGCUCUUUGAAGUAUCUCCCCGAGCUCGACCAUCCAUUAGUUCCAUUUUGAAAAGGCCAUUUUUAGAGAAUCUUAUGGCCAAAUACUUGACUCCCGAGGUCAUUCAGGAAGAAUUCAAUCACACCCUCAGACAUAAAGCAAGAUCGUCUGCUUCUCGACCUGCUGAGAAGGUGGUCCCAGAUUUUAAAAUGCAGAAAGUGAGAUUCCAGGGAAAGUGCCUGCCAAGAUCAAGGAGGAAGGACAUAUAUAGAAAUGAAUGGAGACCGCCAGCUGGAGCCCAGAAGCCCGUAUCUAUAAAAAUGGUAGAAAGGCCCAAACUUGCUGCAGUAUGUGGACAUUAUGAUCAUUAUUAUGAUCAACCUGACUUGUUGAGGAAGAGAGCCAAUGGACAAAAUUACCACUAUGUUCCUCAAAAAGAUACCAGAGUUGAGGAGAAUUAUAAUCAGGAAGAAAGCCACAGUCCAUCUUCAGGUCAACGGCUUGCUGAGUACCUUCAGAGGAAAUGUGAAGCUCAACGACAUAAGCUGAAAGUGGAAAAGCAAUUGGGUAUUCGUCCAUCUUCUGCUGAGCCAAAUCACAACCAGAGACAAAAGCUAAGAAGUAAUGGGGAAGAGCCUGGAUUCCAGGAGCUGCAGUUCAGGAGAAAUGAAAGGAAGGAGCAGGAAUACUGGAAGCAGCUAGAAGAAAUACGCCAACAGUACCACAACGACAUGAAAGAAAUUAGAAAGAAGAUGGAGUGUGAACUGGAGGAAGACUCAAAAAUAAGUCAUAAAACAUAUUUGGUGAAGAAGAGUGACCUGCUCAUCCACCAAGAGGCACCUGAGGAAGAAGCACCUGUGCAGGAUAUUGAUAGAGACUUGAAACAAAUUGGACUUCAGAACACAAAGGAAAGUAAAAUUCCGGAACAAAAACAUAAAGCUAAGAGAGGGAUAAAGUUUGAAAUUAAUUUAGACAAAUGUAUUUCUGAUGGAGACACCCUCCAAGAGGAAGAGGCAAUGGAUAUACUGAAUGAAACUUUGACCUCUGAGGACGACGUUAAGUUUAAAGGGUAUAAAUGUAUAAAGGAGCAUGAAGAUUAUACAGACAAAGCAUUUGAAAAACUCUGUUGCCGGGAAGCAGAUGCUGCCGCUGCAGAGGACAGGAGACAGUGGGAUGCUGGGUCUCCUCAGACUCUGCUGCAAAUGAUGGCCACAGCCGACAUCACCUCCACCUGCUCCACUGUGCCUGAGGGUGAAGCUGAUAUCAGUGGCACGAAUUGUCAGCAAGAGGAGAGCGAGGCCCCAAAGGCAGCUGUGUUCACCCCAAAUGCUUGUGCUCACCCUGACUUGACAGUUCUCAGUUUUCAGUACAAUCCCGAUAGAUUUGUAUUAAAUGCCUUCCAAAGAUUUUGUUUUGGUUUCUCCCCUACCUCUGCAGAGACUUACCUACUAAUUAUCCUAGACAAUUGGCCACUGUAGCUAUGAGAAUGUAAAGGAAGAAAGAUCCAGGUUCCCACCUUCCUCCCAAGGAGGGACAGGUGGCUUCAUUUGCCUUCCCGUGCUAGCCUAAUAACUCCCUUGCAGUUUCUUAGAGGGUCGUUUUUUCCUCAGUAACAUCAGAACUGAAAUAUUAGCUGUCCCACAAGAUUUAGAGAGUCAGUGCAAAGAUACAUAUUAGCUUGCUUUGCAAACCAAAGUGCUAUUUCCAUGUUAGCAGUGUUUAGGAUAUGAUGAUAUUUUCAACCUAAAUUCUUCCAUUUUCAUUUGGGCUUCUGGCAUAGUCUUUCCUUAGCAGAGAGUCCCAGCAAUAUCUGGGUGUGAUCUUACAGGUGGUGGAGAUUUUUUUUUUUUU